AUAAAUAAAUAAGAAAAAUAAAACAGUUUGACGUUUGAAGAACCCAGAGAGAAAAUAACAGAUUUGUGAAAAUUUGCCGGGAAAAUGGGGACGACGGAAGCGGCGGGAGGAGGGUGCUGUCCGACAAUGGAUCUGCUGCGGUCGGAGCCAAUGCAGUUAGUGCAACUCAUCAUUCCGAUCGAGUCGUCUCGCCACGCCAUCUCCUACCUCGGCGAUCUCGGCCUCUUUCAAUUCAAAGACCUCAAUGCGGAAAAAAGCCCGUUCCAGCGAACAUACGCCACUCAGAUCAAACGGUGUGGUGAAAUGGCUCGGAGGUUACGGUUCUUCAAGGAACAAAUGAACAAGGCUGGCUUGUCUCCCUCAACAAGGUCCAUGAUUAGCAAUGACAUCGAUCUCGAUAACUUGGAGGUUAAACUUGGUGAACUUGAAGCCGAGCUGUUAGAAAUUAAUGCGAACAACGAGCAAUUACAACGCACUUACAGUGAAUUGUUAGAAUAUAAACUUGUUCUGCAGAAGGCUGGCGAGUUUUUUAAUUCAGCUCAAAGCACUGCUGCAGCUCUGCGGAGAGAACUUGAAGUGCAGCAUAGUACGGAAAGAUCCAUCGACAGUCCAUUAUUACUCGAACAAGAAAUGACAACAGACCCAUCAAAGCAUGUUAAGCUCGGAUCUAUUAGCGGUCUUGUUCCAAGAGAAAAAUCGAUGGCUUUUGAAAGGAUUCUGUUUCGUGCAACCAGGGGUAAUGUGUUUCUGAAGCAGGCUGUGGUCAAUGACCGUGUCGUUGAUCCUGUGUCAGGAGAUAAGGUUGAGAAAAAUGUGUUUAUCAUCUUCUAUUCUGGAGAAAGGGCAAAGAACAAAAUUCUGAAAAUAUGUGAAGCUUUUGGAGCAAACCGUUACCCAUUUACAGAUGACUUGGGAAAACAAUUUCAGAUGAUUAACGAGGUGUCUGGAAAACUUUCAGAGCUGAAGACUACAAUAGAUGCUGGAUUGUUGCACAGGAGCAGUUUAUUACAGACAAUUGGCCAUCAAUAUGAGCAGUGGAACCUUCUGGUGAAGAAGGAAAAAUCCAUUUACCAUACGUUAAACAUGCUAAGCAUUGAUGUGAGUAGAAUGUGUCUUGUUGCAGAAGGUUGGUGUCCUGUAUAUGCUUCAAACCAGAUUCAAAACGUGCUGCAGCGGGCAUCCUUAGAUAGCAACUCUCAACUUGGCGCCAUAUUCCAGGUUUUGCAUACAAAGGAACCGCCACCGACAUAUUUCUGCACAAACAAAUUCACUUCUGCUUUUCAAGAAAUUGUUGAUGCAUACGGGGUCGCCAAGUAUCAGGAGGCUAAUCCAGGCGUAUACACCAUUAUCACAUUCCCUUUCCUUUUUGCUGUAAUGUUUGGAGAUUGGGGACAUGGUAUUUGCUUGUUGCUGGCAUCACUCUAUUUCAUAAUCCGGGAGAGGAAGUUUGCUAGCCAGAAACUUGGGGACAUCGUAGAAAUGACAUUUGGUGGCCGUUAUAUUAUUAUGAUGAUGGCGCUGUUCUCAAUUUACACAGGACUGAUAUAUAAUGAAUUCUUUUCGGUCCCAUUUGAGUUAUUUGGGAAAUCUGCCUAUGGGUGCCGUGACCCGUCUUGUAGAGACGCUACUACAGUUGGUUUGACUAAGGUUCGUGACACUUAUCCGUUUGGUGUGGAUCCCAAAUGGCAUGGUUCUCGAUCUGAGUUACCAUUUCUUAACUCAUUGAAGAUGAAGAUGUCAAUCCUACUUGGAGUAGCCCAGAUGAAUCUUGGAAUUGUUUUGAGUUACUUUAAUGCAAAAUUCUUUGCGGAUAAACUGAAUAUCUGGUACCAAUUUGUUCCUCAGAUGAUAUUUUUAAACAGCCUGUUUGGCUACCUUUCUCUCCUAAUUAUUGUGAAAUGGUGCACUGGUUCACAAGCCGAUUUGUAUCAUGUAAUGAUAUACAUGUUCCUGAGUCCUACUGACAACCUCGGUGAAAAUCAGCUUUUUUGGGGGCAAAGAUUCCUUCAGAUUUUGUUACUGCUAUCGGCUCUUGUUGCUGUACCAUGGAUGCUGUUUCCAAAGCCUUAUUUCUUGAAGAAACAGCAUGAGGAGAGGCACCAAGGUCAAUCCUACUCACUGCUUCACAGCGGCGAGGACCCUCUUGACGAGGAGCACCACCCAAGUUUGCCUGGUCAUGAGGAAUUUGAAUUCACCGAGGUCUUCGUACACCAACUCAUACAUACCAUAGAAUUUGUGCUUGGAGCGGUGUCUAAUACAGCUUCAUAUCUACGUUUAUGGGCACUCAGCUUAGCUCAUUCGGAGUUGUCCAGUGUAUUUUACGACAAGGUUCUACUUCUAGCCUGGGGGUACAACAAUGUGAUCAUUCUGAUCGUUGGCAUAAUCGUCUUUACAUGCGCGACAGUCGGAGUGCUGCUAGUGAUGGAGACCUUGAGUGCAUUCUUACAUGCCUUGAGGCUUCACUGGGUGGAGUUCCAGAACAAGUUUUAUGAGGGCUCCGGUUACAAAUUCUAUCCCUUCUCAUUUGCAUUGCUCAGCGAGGAGGACGAGUGAUGCACUGCCGUCGUUUGUACAAUUUUUGUAUACAUAGAAAUUAUUUUCGAACGGGGUACGAGUGUGACAAACGUACAAAAUACAGGUAUAGCCGGAGGUUUGUCAUGCAGUUUGGAUUCAGUCUUUUUUGAGCAUGCUCUUUCUUGUCAUCGAUUGCUAGUUGCAGAUGUAGUUGGGGUCUCAUGGGUUCGUGAUAUUUUUAUAUAAUCUUUCCUUUUCUUUCGGGCUUAUGUUUCGUUGUCAACCAAACAGAAAUGUAUCGAUAUUAUUUGACGUACAAAUAUACUAAUACAUAACUGUUAGGAUUCAUCUA